UUAAGUUUCAUCCAUGAGCAAUAUUUUAUUUUAGGAAGACGAGUUUUUUUCGAGUUGUCACUUAUUCCAAUAGUAUUAGUGGAAACCAAAUAUAAUUAAUAUUCUAUUGUUUUUGAUUUAUAAAUUUUUGUUUGUUAUUACUUAUAUUGAAUUAUAUUGUUAUUAUAUUGUUAUUAUAUUAGUAUAUUAUUAGUAUAUUAUUAUAUCAUUAUUAUAUCAUUAGCAGUAAAUAUUUGUUGAUGAGUAAAAUGAAACAAAUAGCCAUUAAAGAUAUUGUUACAGAAUUAGUUUUAUCUGUAAGUGCAGGAGUAGCAGUUUAUUAUAUUGUUAAUCAGCUACUAAAGUUUGUUGAAAAUGAGGGAGGACCCAGUGGGUUAAAGUCCAAAGAUACUAAGAAAAAAGUAUCGAGCACAUUAAAGAGAUUGAAGAACAAUCCAGAAUUUAAGAAGAUUGAUUUUAAUGAUUACGAACUAUUUUUGUUGGAAUCAGUUGUUACACCAGAGGAGAUUAAUAUAUCAUUUAAUGAUAUUGGAGGAUUGGAUAAUAUAAUCGAUGAUUUAAAAGAGUCGGUUUUAUUGCCACUAACAUUUCCAGAUUUAUUUCAAAGUUAUUCGUCGUUACUACAAGCACCAAAGGGAGUGUUAUUGUAUGGGCCACCAGGAUGUGGGAAGACGAUGUUGGCCAAAGCAUUGGCUAAUGAAAGUGGAGCCAAUUUUUUAUCAAUCAAGAUGUCGUCAAUAAUGGAUAAGUGGUAUGGAGAAUCGAACAAGUUGGUGAGUGCAAUUUUUUCGUUGGCUAACAAAUUGCAACCGUGUAUAAUAUUCAUCGACGAGAUUGAUUCGUUUUUGAGAAAAAGAGAGAGCAACGACCAUGAGAUCACCUCAACGAUCAAAGCUGAAUUCAUGUCGUUGUGGGAUGGGUUGAUAUCGUCAGGCAGAAUAUUAGUGUUGGGAGCUACAAACCGACCCAACGACAUUGACAGCGCCUUUUUGCGAAGAAUGCCCAAGAAGUUCCAGAUCAACAAGCCCAACGAAGAGCAAAGAUCGAAGAUAUUGAGGAUCUUGUUGAAGGACACCAAGAUCGACGACGAGUUAUUUGACUGGCAAACCAUCAUUGAAAUGACCGAGGGGUUUACGGGAAGCGACUUGAAGGAGUUGUGCAGAGACGCAGCCAUGGUCAUAAUGCGAGAAUACAUCCAGAAGAACUUGAAGAGCUCCAAUGGCAGCAUCGAGUUCCUCCAUCUCAACACUGUUGCCAACGAGAAGCCCACGUCUGGCGACAACGACAGGUUCGACGUGAGAGGGUUGCGAACCACGGACUUCGACUUUGCGUCGCACAAAAAGCUUCUCGUAAACUCGGUCUGAGCCCACAAUAUAUACUUCCGGCCCAACUGUUCUCGUAUUCCCGGUACACUUCCGGGAUCACCUGACCGAAAAUUUUGCAGCGCCGGCUCAAAAGAGACGACGAUAUAAUCAGCUUCUGUUUCUUCCACAACCCCAGCUCCAGCUCCAGCUUCCCAGCAACUGCAACUCUCUCUGGUUUCCUCUGGUUU